CCCAGUUCAAUUCAAGGUCAUCGUGUCCUCAAUAACAACAUCAUAAUAGCUGCCGACUCCCCGAUCCUUCAUACACCAUCCGAGGGCCUUCUACUCUGUCAUAUUACCAACUCGUGGACAUUCCUGUGUCAUUCUUGUGGAUGGUGUGGUCUCGGAGUCCACCAACGUAAUCUUUUCCAUCGCGAUUCCUUGUUCCCCUCCAUAUCCCGCCAGCGAUAUGGUGCGUCUUCGAGAAAUCCCCCGGACAGCUACGUUCGCCUGGUCUCCGGGCCCAGCGAAUCCCCAAAUCGCGACCGGUACUCGAGCCGGCGCGGUUGAUGCCGACUUCUCAAAUGAAACGGUGCUGGAGUUGUGGGACCUAGCUCUCGACGAUGCUGACCAGAAGGGGGAGCUCAGCCCGGUUGGGAAGAUCAAUACGGACUCCAGAUUCCAUGAUAUCGCAUGGGGUCAGCCAAGCGAAGCUCACCCCCGAGGACUGAUUGCAGGAGCGCUUGAGAAUGGAUCAUUGGAUCUUUGGGAUGCGGAAAAGCUCCAGAACGGCUCGAGCAACGCCUUCGUAUCGCGGGCCUCGAAACAUUCAGGGCCCAUUAAGACCCUGCAAUUCAAUCCAUUCCGACCCGAGCUCCUUGCCACAGCUGGUGCGAAAGGAGAGGUGUUCCUCACCGACGUGAACAAUGCCGCCAACUCUACCAAAUUGAGCACCGCAACCGGCCGUGCUGAUGAUUUCGACGCGCUGGAUUGGAACAAAAAUGUCCCCCAUAUCCUGGCAACCGGAAGCAGCGGAGGAUAUGUUACAAUCUGGGACGUGAAAGCCAAGAAAGAGAACAUGACGUUGAUGAUCCCCGGGCGGAAGCCAGUCAGCGCUGUUGCAUGGGAUCCCACCAAUCCGACGAAACUCCUUACUGCGAUACCAAGUGACCAGGAGCCCGUAAUCCUGGUGUGGGACCUUCGAAACUCGAACGCUGGACCGGAGCGUCAAUUGAGGGCCCAUGAUCAAGGAGUACUGUCAGUUUCCUGGUGUCUUCAGGAUCCGGAUUUGCUUCUGUCCUGUGGUAAAGACCACCGGACAAUUUGCUGGAACCCUCACACCGGCGACGUACUUGGCGAGUUCCCCGUCGUGACUAAUUGGACCUUCGAGACCAAGUUCCAUCCGCAUAACCCUAAUAUCUUGGCCACGGCAGCAUUCGAUGGCAAGAUAGCGGUUCAGACGAUCCAGAAUACCAACUUCGAUAAGGAGAAGGCGGCCCAAGAAGCUAAUCUGAAUGUCGAUGCGGCGGACUUUUUUGCCAGUGCCCAGUCACAGCUACAAGGGGUUCCUUUCUCCCUUCCUAAAGCUCCAAAGUGGCUUGAGCGACCUGUAGGCGCGUCAUUCGGAUUUGGUGGCAAGCUGGUUAGAUUUGCCCCGUCGAAGGGCGAGACGAGGAAGUCCACCAUUAGCAUUUCGACCUUUGCCGUGAGCUCCGAUGUUGGCGCCGCCGGCCAAGCAUUCGAAGAGGCUUUCCAAAAGGGGAACCUGGUGGAGAUUUGUGAAUCGAGGAUCUCCGCUGCCAAAUCUGAGGAAGAAAAGGCAGAUUGGGCGGUUAUCGAAACGCUCGUCUCCUCCAACUCCCGGCAAAAGCUGAGAGACUACCUUGGAUUUUCAACGGCAAAAGAGUCAGGUGUGGAUGCGGAGGAUGUGCCGCAGACCAAUGGCCAAAAAGCUGCCGAAGGCGAGUCCUCGUUCUUUGACGGUGCUGGGAGCGGAGACGAUUUCCUCUCGAGCCUUGCCUUGUCGAAGGGAGUUAAGACGAACAAUCCGUUCCAACUCUACACAGGCUCCGAGAGUGAUGCCGACCGGCAAAUCACUAAGGCGCUUAUGUUGGGCUCGUUUGAAGAAGCAGUUGAUAUCUGCCUGAAGGAGGACCGAAUGUCGGACGCAUUCAUGAUCGCGGUUUGCGGAGGCCAGAAAUGCAUCGAUAAGACCCAAUCUGCAUACUUCAAGCAAAAGUCGAAAGGCCCAAGUUACCUACGCCUACUCGCUUCAAUCGUCGGCAAGAAUCUAUGGGAUGUCGUCCACAACGCUAAUUUGGAAAAUUGGAAAGAGGUCAUGGCAACCCUGUGUACAUUUGCAGAUGAAACUGAAUUUCCGGAUCUCUGUGAAGCUCUGGGGGAUAGGCUCGAAGAGUCAAUCCCGAACGCCAAAGACGAAGAAUCACUCAGAAAGGAUGCCACCUUCUGCUUCAUGGCUGGCUCCAAGUUGGAGAAGGCGGUUACGAACUGGGCACAGGAAUUGCAAGAGCGCGAAAAGGCUGCCCUGAAAUCCGCCGAAACCGAUGACAGUUUCUCGAUUCAUGCAUACUCCCUUCAGAGCUUCAUUGAAAAGGUCACCGUCUUCAGACAGGUCACCAACUACCAAGAUCCGGAAACAAGCGCUACUUCGGGAUGGAAACUGGCUCCCCUCUACGCAAAAUAUAAUGAGUACGCUGAUAUCGCAGCGUCGCAUGGGAACCUCAAGAUCGCCGAGAAGUACUUGGAUUUGUUACCGACCAGCUACCCCGAGGCAGAAUUGGCCCGAAGUCGCGUCAAGCAAGCCACCAGAAAAGCUCCGGCUCAGCAAACCCAAUCGGGAGCCUCUCGAUCCCGUGUUGCGCCAACUUACCCUACGGCUCAGGCACCACUGAAUACAGGAGGAUACCCGCAGCCAUAUCAGCCUACUGGGAGUGCUGCUGCUGCUCCGCCGAUGCUUUCGCAGCCUUCAAAUCACUCGUACACUCCAAUGGGAUAUCAACCACCAGGGCAAGCCAUUCCUCCCCCUCAGCCAUUUGGAUAUCAACCUCCGGGUCAACAGCAGCCUUCCGCUGUACCGCCUCCGCCGUCAAACUUCAAUUCCGCAUCGACAGCUCCACCCCCGCCUAGGUCAUCGUCAGCGACCAAUUGGAACGACACGCCUGAUUUUGGAGGCAAACCCACUCCUAGACGAGGAACACCUAUGAAUGGCCCUCCGUCUAACACCUACACUCCCCCUGCUUAUGGCCAAGCAGUCACCUCUCCGCCACCUCCAAUGGGAUCGCCUUUCUCGCCCCAACAAAGAGCAACCCCGCCGCUCGCUCCCCCGCCGAGAGGCCCAUCACGCCUCUCAUCACCGCCUACCGCAGCUCCAACAGAGUCUCUUGCAUCUGAUCGACCGGCGUCUUCAGCGGGGAGACAAUACGCGCCCCCGACCCAACCAAUGCAAACCAUACCACCGCCGAUGGCACCGCCGGUUGCUCGCGGUCCAUCGCCCUACCAACCACCUCCAUCCUCUUCCGGUUCAGCUACCCAUGGAGGCCGCUACGCUCCAGCACCGAGCCCACAGCCUGCUGCUGGUGUAGGACACCCCCCUCCUCCUGGGACUGGGCCUCCUCCCCGAGGACCCACCCCCGUUGCGCCUCCGCCGAAUCCCUAUGCUACUAUUGGAGGCGCAGGUGCCGGCGCAGGUCCCAUAGCGUCUCAGCCUCCGCCUGUAACCAUGGGCGCUCCAACACCUCCCGCCCAACCCCUGGCACCUCCUCCAAGAGGCCCGCCUCCAGGUGGUCCUCCACGAGCCGGCCCGCCUUCCACGUACAAGGCGACUCCGACUCCGCCGGUGGAGAGGAAGAGCUAUCCAGCAGGAGAUCGUUCGCACAUCCCGCCCCGCUCAAUGCCGAUCUUCGAGAUUCUCAGCGCGGAUAUGCGACGAGUAAAAUCAAAAGCUCCCGCGCAAUACGAGCGGGAAGUCAACGAUACGGUCAAACGGCUUGACAUUCUCUUCGACCAUCUCAACAACGAGGAUCUGCUUAAGCCAGACACGGUUGGCGAGAUGUUGGAGGUUGCAGAGGCAGUCAAGAACCGGAACUACGAUGGUGCGCAGUCGAUUGUUACCAAUAUCAUGAGUCGGAAGGCGGAAGAGGGUGGGAAGUGGCUGGUUGGAGUCAAGCGGUUGGUGGUGAUGAGUCGCAAUACGCGAGAUUGAUUUUGAAAAAGCUCGGUUGGUGGUUUGGUAAAGCCAGCAGCUUGGCAUAUAUACCACGCAGCGCUUCCAUGUCUGUCUCGAUGCUAAAUCACAUAGAUUCCAAUGCAUCAUCCAUCCUGAUCCCAGCUCUC